UUUAGAGAAAAAUCUCUGCACGGUUGUACUUGUUCGUACGUCCAUGUCCUUGCGCCAUCUGUUAAUACGCUUCUUAUCAUCAAAUCCACUAGUGCCCUUUUCGUCUCUAGGGUUUCCUUUCCUAAUAUCAUCGCCUCUUUCACUCUUAUCGCCGAUUCUCCUCUCACGUUUAUCAGUUCCAGAUUAAUUGGAUGCUUGACUUUCAUCUGAAUCGUUUGAAUUUGUGUGUUUCCCUCUGUGAUUAGGUCUUGACUUGAUCGUGAAAGCUCGAGUCUUGUUUGGUUUCAAGCACAACUGUAUCCAGAAAGUGUCUUAAUUUUUGUUUGGUAAUAAGACCAAACAAAAGCGAAGAGUUUAAGAGGUUGCUGUAAUGAUGGACGACGGUGAGCUUGAGUUUCCACCUAGCAGCAGUUCCAUGGAUUCUUUCCUGGAAGAGCUUCUCAAGGACUCUCAUGCUUGUACCCACACUCACACUUGUAACCCUCCCGGACCAGAGAACACACAUACACACACAUGUCUCCACGUCCACACCAAGAUCCUUCCUGCUGCUCAGAGCGACGACAAAGUAACUACCGAUGACACGUCGGAGUCUUCAGGGAAAAGGAGCAAGAAGAGGCCUUCGGGGAACCGAGAAGCGGUUAGAAAGUAUAGAGAGAAGAAGAAGGCUAAAGCGGCUUCCUUGGAGGAUGAAGUGUUAAGGCUCAGGGCUGUGAAUAAUCAGCUGAUGAAGAGGCUGCAAGGUCAAGCUGCGCUGGAAGCCGAGGUUACGAGGCUUAAGUGUUUGCUUGUGGAUAUAAGAGGAAGGAUAGAAGGAGAGAUUGGUGCUUUCCCUUAUCAAAAACCUCAGCCUUUCUCGUAUAGGAUGCAGCCUUGCAAUAUGCCGUGCGAUGUUGACGACUUGUACUGUCUUCAGAAUGGGAACAGUGGAGAAGGUAUAUUGAUGAAUGGGCAAGGGCUAAGUGGUUGUGAGUUUGAGCAGCUUCAAUGCUUGGGUGAUCAGAAUCUAGCUGGCUGUAGUAAUGGAAAUGGAACAUUCGAUGUGGAUGCAUCGGGUGCUAAUAAGAGUAAAGGUGAAACUCUAACACCUUAGGAUCUAUUUAGUAGAGGUGGGACAUGUGCAGCUAAAGCAGUUUGAAGUAUCAUCAUCAAUCAUGUAGUGCUAUUAUUUUCCAAUAACUAGUAGAGUUCAACUGCAUUACCAGCUUUCUUCAGGUCCCCCUUUGUGUUAUUAUCAUUUUGCUUUUCUCGUGUAAUUGCAUUUCCUUGUUGAGCUAGAACGAAUACUUGUUAAUAUUCAAAUCGAAUUAUGCCCAGUGAUUUUGCCA